UAUAAUCUUGAUGCUCACGAAAAACGAAUAUUGCAAUUUAUAAUCUGAACUCUCUACAAAUCUUUGAUUCUUCUCUCUCUGCCUCUUCCUCGCACGCACCACCCUCCGUCGCCGCCGCAGCCGCAGCCACUCCCCUCUCCGUCAAGCUGCAACCUCUGGAGUUUAGCAUGGGAACAUACACACAUUACAAGUAGAAGAAAAUUAAAUUGAAGAGGAAGAAGCUAGAUAGAUACUGUUUCAUAUUUGUUUGAAUUCAUUCAGUUCCAAAUAAAUGGCAAGCAAGAAGCUCCUUCGUGAUUUUUUACUGUCCAAGCAAUCACUCUUUCUUCCUCGCCAGGGUUUGAGUAUCAGUAGGAGGUUGCCGCCUUUGGUUUCGGUCGAUAGGCGUAGAUAUAGUGUCUUUAAAGAGUUCUCUGAGAAGAUUAAAGGUGAAGUUAAAAGCAAUCCAGAAUUCGAAAAGUCUGUCAAGGAGCUGAAAGAAAGAACAAAGCAGACAACUGAGCAGCUGUACAAACAGGUUGAUGAAGUGUGGACAGAAGCUGAAGCUACAGCGAAAAAGGUUUCUCACAAUGUAAAAGAGAAACUAUCAGCCGCAAAUGAGGAGGUGAAAGAAACUUUUUGGAUAGGAAAGCAGGAUUCUUCAGGAUCAACUGACUAUUCAAAAAAGCAGAAUGCUGAUGCAAACCAAGGAAGUACGACAUCAUCGGGUGAAAAACAAAGCCAGCAUUCUAAGUCUAGUAAUGCUGAGGAGUCAUUGUUUGGCAAAUUUAAGUCCACCAUUUCCUCUUCCUCUUCAAACGUUUCUGCUGCCUUCCAAAAAUUAAAGGACACUAAAGUAGUCAAUGUAACCAAGAAAGGUUAUGACAUAAUAAAGGAGGAGUUAAGUAGUAACCCGACCAAGAGACAGCGUGCUCCUGUCCCAUCAAAUGAUGAAAUCAGUAAAAGAACCGAAAUUGUUGUUGUGCCAAUAAAACAAUCUUGGUGGAGUAAGAAGUUUGACGAGAUCAAGGACAAGGGGAAAAGCCUUCCUGUAUUCAAGCGAUUCAUCGAGCAUAGCGACCCAGUGAAGAGAAAGGGCCAGGAGAUACUAGAAGACAUUCGGGAGAGAUAUGAAACUACUGACAACCCCAUUAUUCACAAAAUACAAGAUAUCAAUGAUAGCAUGUUUCAAGAGACUGAUGCUGCUAUUUCUUACAAGGAAAUCCGUCAACGGGAUCCUUGUUUUUCCUUACCAGAAUUUGUGGGGGAAGUGCAGGAGGCAAUAAAACCCGUGCUCAAUGCUUACAUCAAGGGAGAUGUCAAAACACUGAAGAAGUACUGCAGCCCUGAGCUGAUAGAACGUUGUAAAGCAGAGCAUAAUGCUUACCAAAGUCAUGGUAUCUUCUUUGAUAACAAGAUUUUACAUGUAUCCGACGUUGAUGUAAGAGAGACCAAGAUGUUGGAAUCAUCUCCAGUUAUUGUUGUAAUGUUUCAAACACAACAAAUCCACUGCGUACGUGAUAGGCAUGGGGAAAUUACAGAAGGGGGCAAGGAUACAAUCCACAAUAUAUUCUAUCUUUGGGCUUUACAACAAGUGAACCAAGAAGAUAAUGCAGAAGAUGGCAUUUACCUAAUGUGGAAACUCAGAGAGAUGCACCAGCAAGGGAUUCAAGCCCUUAUCUAGGACUUAUUCUUCUUUUCACAAUUUUGCCUUUUGCGUUGAUGUUCUAUAGAUUUAUGAAUUUCAUUUCUCGUGGGCCAAUUGCUAUGUCCCUGUGAUGCGUCCUCUAAUAGUUUUUUAACACUAACGACUUGAAAAAAUAAUGUGUACUGUAACGAGUUCAUUGAUGUAUAAGAUAUGAGCUAGCUAGAUUCGUCAA